GUCAUAAUUGGUACAAAAUCUGGGGAUUUGGAACUUUUUGAUCUCGCUUCUUCAUCUCAAACAGAAUCAAUUAAAGCACAUGAUGGUCCAAUAUGGUCUUUACAAGUUCGGCCGGACAAACGUGGAUUGGUGACAGGUAGUGCUGACUCUAAUGUAAAAUUUUGGGACUUUGACAUGUCUCAAGAAGAAGAUACUAAUGAAAAUCAGACGGGAUCUCGUCGUUUAACUUUAAUUCAUACGCGAACACUAAAGAUGAACGACGACAUCUUAUGUGUACGAUAUAGUCCUAAUCAGAAAUUGGUUGCCGUAGCAUUAUUAGACGCGACUGUCAAA